AACCCAACCAAAAACCAUAUAAAUAGGUCGUCGUCGUCCUGCAUUCUGGAAACGGCGUCGUUUUACAGCGCCAGCCCCAAAGCGUAUCGAAGCCAUCUUGUGGAUAGCACAGACUGACAGCACAGACAGCACCCGCCAGCAAUCAAAAUCUGUGGCUGUGGGCAAAACCCCGUAGUCACAUUCCGUCGCCUUCCAAAUUCCAAUUCCCCAAUCCAAACAAACCUCUCUCUCUCUCGCUCCCUAUUUCAUUAUUUCUUUGAUUUCCAUCCAUUUUACUCAUCAAUGGCUUCCUCGCUGCUCAGCGGCGCCGAAAAUCUCAAAUCGAGCUUCCCAGCCUCGGAAUUCCUCGCCAAGCAGUGGCUCCCAACCAGAAACCGCGUCAAUUUCAGUUUCCGCCGCCAUGAUUCCAGGAAAUUCCGAUUCACCCCCAAGUCGAGCUUAUCGUCGUCGCCGGCGGCGCGGCCGGCUUCUCAGCCGCGAUUCAUACAGCACAAGAAAGAGGCGUUUUGGUUCUACAGAUUCCUGUCCAUCGUGUACGACAAUCUGAUAAAUCCGCUGCACUGGACGGCGGAGAUGAGGGACGAGGCGCUGAAGCCGGCGGAGCUGUUCAGCAGGCUUUUGGUAGUGGUGGAUGUUGGAGGGGGCACGGGGUUCACUACUCAAGGAAUUGUGAAGACCGUGGAUGCGAAGAACGUCACCAUUUUAGAUCAGUCGCCGCAUCAGCUUGAGAAAGCUAAGCAGAAGGAGGAAUUGAAGGAUUGCAGGAUCAUUGAAGGAGAUGCAGAGGAUCUUCCAUUUCCUACUGAUUAUGCUGAUCGAUAUAUCUCUGCUGGAAGCAUUGAGUAUUGGCCGGAUCCACAGCGAGGCAUCAAAGAAGCGUACCGAGUGCUAAGAACAGGGGGAAAGGCGUGCAUCAUUGGUCCUGUUUAUCCGACCUUUUGGCUGUCUCGAUUCUUCGCGGACAUGUGGAUGCUCUUCCCCAAGGAAGAAGAGUACAUCGAAUGGUUUAAGAAAGCUGGCUUCAAAGAGGUCGAAUUGAAGAGGAUCGGACCAAAGUGGUACCGUGGAGUGCGUCGACAUGGACUCAUCAUGGGUUGCUCAGUGACCGGUGUUAAGCGACGAUCGGGCGAUUCUCCGCUUCAGCUCGGUCCGAAGACGGAGGAUGUGAAGAAACCGGUGAACCCGUUUAGCUUCUUGGCGCGGUUCAUCCUCGGAGUGGUGGCGUCAACUUAUUUCGUGCUCGUACCGAUCUACAUGUGGCUCAAGGAUAAAAUUGUUCCCAAAGGUAUGCCUAUCUAAGCCAAGUUAGUUAGUUACAAGAAGAUGAUAUGAGAUUGAUCUAUGUUUUAAGCUUUAAUUUGAUGAUGGAUCAUAUCUCUCUCUCCUCUCUCUCUCCUCUCUCUAGCAGCAUUCUAGCAGCAUUCGAUAUUGUAAUAUAGGAGAACUCCUUUUUGGUAAAUGGUAACUUUCAAAUUUUAUGUUUGUGAUGAUAACAAACUACAAUUUCAUUGUUAA